CGAAAACUUCGUAUUAAAACUUCAAGAGAAAAUGAAAACUUUGUUGCAGUUGCAUUUAGACUGAAUGACUUAAGGCGCACUGGCUAUAUUGAACGUGUCGAGUUAAAAGAGAUGGUGCUGGCUCUUUUCAGUGAAUCAGAUUUAUGCCUUUCUGAUGAUGUUGUUGAUCAAAUAGUCGAUAAGACUUUCAUGGAGGCAGAUAAGAAGGGUGAUGGAAAGAUAGAUCUGGACGAAUGGAAGGAAUUUGUAGAUAUAAAUCCAUCAUUGCUGAAUAACAUGACUCUUCCAUACUUAAAGUAA